UGAAAAUAUGGCUUUACAAAAAAAGAGAACCAGCGAAAUUCCACAAGAUGCUGUUAUUUUAACCGAACAAAAAGCUUUAAUUUAUCAAUCUAGAAUAUUAAAUAAUUGGCCGGAUUCGUCUGAUACAUUCGGCUAUAGAAAUGCUAAGGGCUUACUAGCAGUAGCCACUUUCUUCACUGGAAUUUAUGCAAAUAACCAUUUUAGAACUAAAUUUCGAUUAAUGAAUUAUGGUCGAAUGUCUUCUUAUUUACCCAUUAGUGUUAUACCAGCUGCAAUGUCAGUUUUAGUUCAUCAAAAUAUAGUCUUGACGGAUGUAGUAUUGAAUAAAUAUUCAUGUCCGAUAUGUAUUCAAUCCAGAGCUGCUGCUUUUCAAACACUCACUGGUUUUGUAAUACCUUUCCUUGUGGCACCUGUCAUGUCACUAUCUUUGGUGCACAGAUUCCACACAUUCGACAUGCCUUACCUAUCCAAAGAACCCCUAAAAGUGCUUCAAAUUUUGGGCGGUCAAUUUAAAAAAAUAAAGAACGUCGCUUUUGGUAUAUUUUUGGCACAAGCACUCCUCGCCAGUUUGGUUACAUACUGGGAGUCCGAUUCUGUGUACAAGGUAUAUUCGAAACUGUUAGAAGAUGAAAAAAAUGAAGAAUUUGCGGCUUGAUAUUUAUAAAUGUUUUUAUUUUUAUAAGUACCCAUUGUAGAAUUAAAAAGGUCUAUGUGAUAUUUUUAGCUAAAUAAAGAGCAAUAAAAAUUGUGU